UGGUGAUUUUGGACCAAAAGUUCUCGGCACACCCAUUUACAAGUAAAGUGUUACUGUCACAAUCACAUACGCGACUGUGACGACGCGAUACCCCCCGACUCUCCCCAUCACCACUACUACACUCGCCCAGUAUGGUUGCUCUCAUUCAACGCCCUGCUCCCACUUUCAAGGCUGCUGCCAUCGUUGAUGGUCUCUUUGAAGACGUCUCUUUGACAGACUACCUCGGCCAAUGGGUCGUCCUUUUCUUCUACCCUAUGGACUUCACCUUUGUCUGCCCCACUGAAAUCCUGGCGUUCAACGACGCCCUAGCCGAGUUCAAGGCGCUGGGCACCAAGGUUCUCGGUGUCUCGACCGAUUCUCAGCACUCUCACUUCGCCUGGGCCAACCAGCCCCGCAAGGAGGGUGGUCUCGGUCCCGACCUCAAGCUUCCUCUUAUCGCCGACCGAAACAUGUCCAUCUCUCGCGAUUACGGUGUCCUUCUCGAGGAGGAGGGUAUCGCUCUCCGUGGGCUCUUCAUCAUUGACCCUAAGGGUAUCCUCAGGCAAAUCACUGUCAAUGACCUGCCCGUCGGUCGCUCUGUCGACGAGACUAUUCGCCUCAUCAAAGCCUUCCAGUUCACCGAUAAGCACGGAGAAGUUUGCCCCGCCAACUGGCAUGAAGGUGACAAGACCAUGAAGGCUGAUCCCAAGGGUUCCAAGGAGUACUUUGCGGCGACGCAUGGAGGCAACGGCACCAAGAGGAAAGCAAAUCAGAUAGAGUCUUAGAAGACAAAUAGAACUAGAUCAACCCAUAUCCCCCCAACUCGAUGUUUUUCUUGAUCCACACCACACGUGCGUCG